AUGUCCACCACCACACCCACAUCAACCCGCCAAUGGGUCCUCGCCCGCCGCCCGACGGGCGCCCCGAUCCUCUCCGGCCCGUCCGCCACCUUCAGCCUCGUCACGGCCGAACUCCCACCGCUCGCGGCCGGCCAGGUGCUCUGCCGCGUGCGCUACAUCUCCAACGACCCGGGCCAGCGCGGCUUCAUCGGCAUCGGCGUCGCCGACGACAGGAUGUACGUGCCGCCCGUGCACGUCGGCGCGGCGAUGCGCGCCGGCGUCAUCGCCGAAGUCGUCGCCUCUCUCGCGCCGUCCAUCGCCGUCGGCCAGCUCGUCAUGACGCUACACCUCGGCCAGUGGGCCGAGCUCGUCGUCCUCGACGCCGCCGACUGCCAGCCGCUCGCCCCGCCGCCGGGCAUGGCCGUCACGCAUUUCCUGGGCGCCCUGGGCGCGCCCGGGCUGACGGCGUACUACGGCGUCGUCGAGGUGCUCAAGGCGCGGCCGCAGCACACGCUGGUCGUCAGCGGCGCGGCGGGCGCGACGGGCGGCAUGGUCGUGCAGAUUGCCAAGAGGCUGGUCGGGUGCGCGCGCGUCGUGGGCAUCGCGGGCGGCGCGGACAAGUGCGCGUGGGUGCGCGACGCGCUGGGGGCGGAUGCGUGCGUCGAUUACAAGAGCGCGUCGUUCCUGGCGGACCUGGCGCGGGCGACCGACGGCUAUGUCGAUUUGUACUUUGACAACGUCGGCGGCGACGUCCUCGACGCGAUGCUGCCGCGCAUGCAGAAGGGGGGGACCGUCGCCGUGUGUGGCGCCAUUUCGACGUAUAACGAUGCCGGGCCGAUGAAGCUGAAGAAUUGGAUGGAGGUUGUGAGUAUGCGGUUGAACUUUAAGGGGUUUAUCUUGUUGGACUAUGCGGAGCAGAUCCCGAGCGCGAUUGGGGAGUUGGUGAAGGCGGUGCAGGAGGGGAAGGUGGUGUUGGGAGACGAGCAUGAGACGCUGGUCGAGACGGGGAUCGAGGGCGUGCCCGAGACGUGGAUGAAGCUGUUUGAGGGCGUGAACAGAGGGAAGCUGAUCACGAAGCUCGUGUAG